AUGUGGCCCAUUUGGCUGCUGGUUCUCUCGUUAUCGCUAUCACUGGUGAAUGGACGCCAGGUGGGGAGAUGCAGUCUGGCCCGGCAGCUCUAUCGCUAUGGAAUGCCCUACAACGAGCUACCCGACUGGCUGUGCCUGGUGGAGGGCGAGAGUUCCUUCAGCACGAAGGCCAUCAAUCCAUCCAACGUGGAUGGUUCUGUGGAUUGGGGCCUUUUCCAGAUCAAUGAUCGCUACUGGUGCAAGCCAGCGGAUGGACGUCCAUCCAGCGACCUCUGUCGACUGCCCUGCCGCCUGCUCUUGAGUGACGAUAUCCGGUAUUCAAUCGCCUGUGCCAAGUACAUCAGGAAGCAGCAGGGAUUCUCCGCCUGGGUGGCUUGGAACAACCGCUGUCAGGGUGUCAAGCCCAAUGUGAAUCACUGCUUCAGGCGGCGGCACAGGAACUCGGGUUGA